CCAGAAGAUGAUGCAAAAACACCUGAACAAAAUUUUUGGCAAACCCAGUAUGUAUGUUGCAUGUUUAGUCACUCAGUCAUCAGCAGCUCUUUGCAACCCCAUGGUCUAUAGCCCACCAGGCUCCUCUCUGUCCAUGGGAUUCUCCAGGCAAGAAGAAUGGAGUGGGUUGCCAUUUCCUUCUCCAGGGGCUCUUUCUGACCCACGAAUCGAACCCACAUCUCCUGCAUUGCAGGCAAAUUCUUUACCUGCUGAGCCGUUGGAGGGACUUGUUAAUGUGGACAAGUAAUCUGGUGUGAAGCCAAGCCAAAGGAAAGAAUUACGGGACAUAAUGGACCUUGAUGGCAUACAACAUCCUUGGUUUCUUUGAUGGCCUGUUUCAAAGUUAAUGCAGUGGAAAGUUCUGCUCUCUGUAUGGCAUAUGGACAUCUCUCCCCAGGAGAUGUAAUAAAUGAAGGAAAGAGGGGAAGCAAGGUAGUUCUGGACUAGAUUCUCCUGUAAGGGAGCUGAUAGAGCAUUUGCAGCAGUCCCAUGCUGGAAACCAAACAUCGUGCUCCAUUUCCCACGUGUGUCCAAACCUGGUUUUCCAUUCUGGAUGUCUUGCAGUAGGAAAUGGACCCUCAGGAAUCUGCCUUUCUUAUAUGCUGUCAGGCUACAGACCGUAUUUAUCAUCAGAAGCAAUCCAUCCAAAUACAAUCUUACAUAGUAAAUUAGAGGAAGCAAGACAUCUUUCCAUUGUUGAUCAGGACUUAGAGUAUUUAUCUGAGGGCCUUGAGGGCCGAUCAUCCAAUCCAGUUGCAGUACUUUUCGACACACUUCUUCAUCCAGAUGCUGACUUUGGAUAUGAUUACCCAUCCGUUUUGCAUUGGAAAUUAGAACAGCAUCAUUAUAUCCCUCACUUAGUUCUUGGUAAAGGUCCACCUGGUGGAGCUUGGCACAAUAUGGAAGGCUCAAUGUUGACAAUCAGCUUUGGAAAUUGGAUGGAGCUACCUGGACUUAAAUUUAAAGACUGGGUAUCUAGCAAACGAAGGAACCUAAAAGGGGACCGAGUUAUGCCAGAGGAAGUAGCUCGCUACUAUAAACACUACGUCAAAGUCAUGGGUCUUCAGAAGAACUUCAGAGAGAACACUUACAUUACCUCUGUAUCAAGACUCUACAGAGAUCAAGUUGAUAAUGAUGGUCAAGGCAGAAAUAUCUCAACACAGCAUUUACAGAUAGAGAAGUCAAAAUUUACCAAGAGAAACUGGGAAAUCAGGGGUUAUCAACGCGUAGGAGAUGGUUCUCAUAUUCCCUUCUGUCUCUUUGCUGAAAAUGUCGCUCUGGCAACUGGAACAUUAGACUCUCCUGGCCGUCUGGAAAUCGAAGGGGAAGAUUUUCCUUUUGUGUUUCAUUCAAUGCCUGAAUUUGGAGCUGCUGUCAGCAAAGGAAAGUUGCGUGGCAGAGUGGACCCAGUGUUAAUUGUCGGUUCUGGGCUCACCGCAGCCGAUGCGGUCCUGUGUGCUUACAACAAUAGUAUCCCUGUGAUUCAUGUAUUUCGCAGACGAGUAACUGAUCCAGACUUAAUUUUCAAGCAGCUUCCCAAAAAGCUUUACCCAGAAUACCAUAAAGUCUAUCAUAUGAUGUGUACUCAGUCAUGUUCUUUAGACUCCAAUCUCUUACCUGAUUAUACUAGUUUUCCUGAGCACCGUGUGCUUGCCUUUAAGUCAGACAUGAAGUGCGUUCUUCUGAAUCUCUCUGGACUGAAGAGAGUAUUUAAGCUGUCUGCAGCAGUGGUGUUGAUAGGCUCUCAUCCCAACCUGUCUUUCCUGAAGGAGCAAGGGCGCUACCUGGGCCAUAACUCAAGCCUGCCAAUCAUGUGUAAGGGGAAUCCUGUGGAAAUAGAUGCGUAUACCUAUGAGUGUGUUAAAGAAGCCAACCUUUUUGCAUUGGGUCCAUUGGUUGGAGACAAUUUUGUUCGGUUUUUAAAGGGAGGGGCACUGGGUGUUACACGCUGUUUAGCUAUAAGACAGAAGAAAAAAAAGCAUUUAUUCGUUGAAAGAGGAGGAGAUGGCAUGGUGUAGAGCAGGUUUACAAGUAAUUUAUAUGGACACUUUACCAUUAAAGAUUUUUAAUAGAGAUUUUACAGUGUACUGGCUUGAAUUUUCUGAACUUGAAUUAACUAGGAGAGCCUCAAGCGAUAGUAACUAUUUUUUAAAGUUAACUAGAGUUUUUUGUCCUGGUUACAUUGUAAUGUAUCAAAGGUGUCAAUUGUCAGACAAAUAGAAACACUGCCAGUCUGAUAUACUUUAAGUUCUCAUUUAACUGGAACAUUCUUUUCUUCUAAGACUUAACUUUUUUGUGAUCACUGUUGGUUAUUUAUGUUUGAUUCCAAAAUAUAACAGCAUCGAAUCUAUAAAACCGCAGUCAUUAGGCCAGAGCUUUGCCUCCCUUUAUGUAUUGCGUUACUGUGCUGCCCAAAGGGUAGUUCAGAGACAGCGUCAGCUCCAUUUGUGGCUUGUCAGAAAGGUAGCCUCACAGGCAGUAUAGCAGACUUACUGAAUCAGAAAUUGCAUCUUAAUAAGAUCCUCAAAUAUGUAUGCUUAUUAAAGUCUGAUACACACUGGUCUAACAGGAAAUGGGAUGUAAAUGUAUAUAUGCUGAGGGUGGGUGGAAAUAGAGGGCAUAAUCAACUCAGGUUUUAUUUAUUUUGAAAUUAUCAAUUGUAUAAGUCUAAUUUAUUGACAAAUAUGAUGGGAUUUAAUUUUUUUUUAUUGUUGAAACCUUGACAGGCAAUUCAUAUUCUCAGCUUCUAAUAAACCAUCUAAUAAUGUUGGCAUAUAUUCAGGAACCUGCCAGGGUUGUUUCUGGAGCUAUAUUCUCUAGUUAACGAGCAUAACCCUUAAACGAAUUUGCAGUUCAAUAAAUUUUGAAUGGAACUACUUA